AUGCCUCGGCUAUGGGAGACUGAGUUCGUGCCGGGUACGUGGUACAACUUCGGCAUCGGUAUUUCGGCUGCCACGUCGGGCAACGGCUCUGUCCUCGAGUUCUACACCAGUGAAGGCGACAAGGAGCUCGCCCUUGAGGCCACCCACGACGUCGUGACCGAGUUCCCCUCGACCUACGAGUUCCAUUAUGGUCUUUUGACCCUGUCCGACGAUGGCAGUGAACCCAAGAUGAAUGCCAAACAGGACAUCGUGUCCUACAACGGUGUGUCGGUGGAGGCUGACGUUUCGACUUCUGCCACGGGCGAUGCUGCGUCCAAGGCUUCCAAGACUACUGGAUCCAUUGGUGCUGAGUCCUCGUCCGAUGUUUCCACGGAGACUACUGAGGCCCCGACCACGCAGAACGAGACCCCUGCCACCCAGAACGAGAUUCCCGCCACCAAGACGGGCAUCGUCAAGAGCUCAGAUAGUGGCUGCGCCCGCAAAUAAGUGCGCCUAAUGUUAUGUCUGUUGUGAUUUCGCUGAAGUGAUACAGACAGUGACGGAGACGAGAAACGUAAAGCAUCGGUCAGGAGAUGGCCU